CUGUACAGAUGAAACUCAGCAUCACAUUGUUACCUCUUCCUCUGCAACCUGCUCUUCCUCUCUCCUAUUUGCACACCAAAAUGCUCUCACAGGCAGACAUUCAGAGAACUUUCUCUCCCUUGCACCCACUUACAUGCUGACGAGCAGGCAGCCAGGAACACACCCCUCUCAGGCGAGCAGCAGCAGUGAGGAGAGCUGUAUUUCACCCCUCAGACACCGCAGCAGCAGCAUCAGGAGGAGGAGGACGGUUCCAGAAGAAAGCGGUCAUCACUGGACAUCACACACCAGCCAGCUGAAGCGUGUGGAAAAGUGGGAGUGCCAUGGAGGACACCCUCACCUGCAGCCAAGCCACAUUCUCCCAGGUGUUCGGACGCCAGGGUCAGCUCAUGCAAGCCACCGUUCAGUCUCUGAACAGCCUGAAUGACCAGAUUGCUCAGUUCAUGGUGACCCGACCGUGCAGUCUGGCUGAUGAGGAUGAAGCCUUCAUGCCUGCAGAGAGGGACACCUUGAGGAAGUCCAUGGCCCUGAUGAGACACCUGCUAAUGGAUGCUCAGGGGAAAAUCCUUAAAAUGAUGGAGAACAACAAACAGCUGGCUCAGAGGAUCGAUGGGGCCAUCCAGUCCGCCAGUCAGGAAGUGACAAACCUGCGAUCCGAGCUCUCCGCCACCAGCCGCAGACUGGCAGAGCUGGGAGCCAGCAGCCCCCCCGCCCUGGAGAACCACCGCCAGCUAAACCACCACGAUGACAGCCUCCACUAUCGGGAUCCAUCGGUGCACCGCCGGCAGAAGACGGUGGUGACGGACAUGUGCUACUCGACUGAGAUAUCCAGCCUGAUGGACUUUGGCACUCCAGACUGCUCGCUGGGCAAAGUAUUGUUGCGUGAGGAGGUGGUCCAGCUUCAAGAGGAGGUCCACCUGUUGCGGCAGAUGAAGGACAUGCUGAGUAAGGACCUGGAGGAGAGCCAGGGAGGCUGUUCUGCCAAUCUGCUGUCUGCCACUGAGCUCCGUGUGCAGCUGGGCGACAAGGAGCAGGAGCUGGACCGAGCCAAGGAGGCCUUACAAGCCAUGAAAGCUGAUCGAAAGCGUCUAAAAGUGGAGAAGUCAGAGUUGGUGAGUCAGAUGCAGCAGCUGUACGUGACACUGGAGAACAGAGAGGAGCAGCUUCGAGAGUUCAUACGCAACUAUGACCAACACAGAAAGGAGAGCGAGGAUGCAGUGAAAGCCCUGGCGAAGGAGAAGGACGUGCUUGAAAGGGAGAAGUGGGACCUGAGGAGGCAAACCAAAGAAGCCACAGAGCAGUCCAACAUCCUGCGCUCACAGAUCGACACAAAGGAGAACAGGAUCAAAGAGCUGGAGGCCGAGCUCACCAUGGCGAAGCAGUCUCUGGCCACGCUGACGAAAGACGUACCCAAGCGCCAUUCUCUGGUCAUGACGGGGGAGCCGGUGAUGAACGGGAGUCAGGAGUGGGUGAUGCAUGCAGAACUGCCGCUCACGGCCGCCAUCCGCCAGAGCCAACAGACCCUCUACCACGGACACACCAUGGACAGACAGGCUGUGGUCAGGAUCAGUCCCUGCCACACUCGCCAGCCCUCUGUCAUCUCUGACGCCUCAGCGGCCGAUGGGGACCGCUCAUCCACGCCGAGUGACAUCAACUCGCCCCGACAUCGGACUCACUCCCUCUGUAAUUCCAUGGAGGACCUGGAAGACCAGAAACGUAAGAAGAAGAAGGAGAAGAUGACUCUGGGAUCGUUAUCACGCGUGUUCACUCGAGGCAAGCAGCGCAAGUCACUGGACCCCGGCUUGUUUGAUGGUACAGCCACUCCUGAUUAUUACAUAGAGGAGGAUGCUGACUGGUGAAGCUUAGGGGUGUGUGUGUGUGUGUGUGUGUGUGUGUGUGUGGUUGUGUGUGUGUGUGUGUUAAAUAAUGCAGAGAACAACAAGAGACUGCUAUCCUCCAUAAAUGUACAUUAUAUCACUCAUAAAUUGUAUGUUUGUAAAUUUGAUAUAUAUUUAUAGUUGUACAUGUAUGCAUAUGUAUAUAUGUUUACAUGCAUAUAAAUAUAUAUAUAUAUGGGGUUAAAUCUACGUGUAGACAUGUUUAUGCUGUAUUCUAAAUGUCUUCAUGUUUUUUAUAAAACUAGACACUUGAAGGGCCGCUGUUCAUAUGUACAUAGGAGCUAUUGUGAAUCUAGUGUUUAAAUGUUAAUGUUAUUUUUGCUUUUUGUUACAUUACAGUUGCUUUCAUCAAGGUACAUCACUGAUAUCUGCAUUUCUUCUGUUUGGACCCCUUCUCACUAUAAAAUAUGAGAAAUUAUUGAUAAACCUGAAACGCUGAUUGGAGUUUUUGGAUCAGAUUGUCUAGGAUUGUUAAUGAAGCAGUUUUUUUUUCCUUUGUCGUUACAGUAUGACAGGAUAUCAGGGUCAGUGUAGGUUAAAUAAAUCAAUACAACUGAACUGCAGGUAGGAGAAAAGUUCUGAAUCCAAAUAGCAACAGGAUAUAACUUUAGAUCGUCUUAGUUGCAAGUUUUACUUUUCAUAAAUUAGUGAGUUUUUUUCCUCCAUAAACCUCAAAAAAACGCCCAGAUUUUUAUUUAUUUUUAUUUUUUUUUUGUAGAUUUAUACAUUUCUUUCAAAAUUUACAAUUUUUUAAUAUUUAAAGUGACCGUGUGUAUUUUCCUCUGGUGAAAAGGAGCAGUACAUGCCUAAAUCAUUGCAAGUAAGCGGCGCUUUAGUGUUCUAGUAAGACCUUACCAACCAUUAGGGUCAAAAAUCCCUGGGAGCACAUUAGACUCCCUUUCAUCACUAGCAACGAGUCAAUAAAGAUGAAGAAACACCAGUCAUCUGGGUUGAGGUGCUGGAUAAAAGAUUGAAUGAAGAGGAACAAAGUCUGCACACCUCAAUCUGCAAUAACAUAAUAUUUAUUCUUCUCAAGCUUUCGGUCAAAAGACCUUCAUCAGGAAUUGUGCAUGUUCAUGCAGAGAGUCCCUAGUUAAGGAGAACAGCUGAUGUAAAACACCUGUGCUAAUUCCACACAACAAAGCAUUAUGGGGGAUGGAGUCCCAUUUACAAAACAUAGUUCACUGACACAAGAAGCUUACAGAAUCUUAUAAAAACACUUCAAAAUCAUUUACCAAAGGAAGAGAUUAAUACAUUGCAGGCAUCAAGCUAAAAAAGCCAUCAGGGAGCAAGGCAAUUCAAUAUAUAUAUAUAUAUAUAUAUAUAUAUAUAUAUAUAUAUAUAUAUAUAUAUAUAUAUAUUUGUAAAUUUUAUGUUAUUGCAGAUUGAAGUGUGUGGAUUUUGUUCCUCUUCAAUAGCAACGAGCAAAGUGGUAAAUGUGUAAAACAACAACUUGUAUGAAUAGCAAAAGUUUUGUAGCUGCUUAUUAGAAAUCAGUAAAUGCGUUUUGUCCUCACGGGCUUCCGUAGAAGGAAACAUGGCAUCACCCAGAAACUUAGGCCCAAUCCCAAAACUCGCACUUCCACAUUUGCGCCCUUCAAUUGCGCGAUCCCAGCCAGGGGUGCAAGUGCAUAGGGUGUCCCGAUUCUCAAAUGAGGACGUUGGUCGCGCCCCUUUUGCACCCUUGAUCUGCACUUCAUCCAAGUCUGCACUUGAUGCAGACUUGGAUGAAGGGUAUUACCCAGAAUCCAUUUCUGCGAGAGAAAAUGCUCGUGUCUUUUCUGAAAAUGCUCGUGUCUUAUUUGAAAAUAUGUAUUUUCAAAUGAAAGUAAUUAAUUUUAGGAUGAUUAAUUGAUGUUCUGAAUGUGUUCGACCAUGCAGCAAUGAAUGUAAAUUUAUUUUAAAUAGUUUGUGGGUUGUUUGUUUGAAAGUUACUAAUAAAGGUUUUUUAAAGUAGCACAGCUACGAACAUCCCGGCAUGCAUUGCAGUCGAUGACUGCAAUUAUUUGCACACUUGUGUACCGCGCACUCAAAACCUUACUGUGCACUUUCCCCAAGUGCACUGUGCUGAAGACCGCAGGGUGCAGUGUGAGUGUUGAGAUUGGGCCUUAGACCUGCUCCCAUGUAUUUUAGACCCAGUUUUUAUGGUUAUAUGUUACAAAGCGGCCAAUAUUUUUUUAAUAACUGGAUUUCAUUUAAUUCAUUUUCAACAACAUUCCAAUGGAUAUUUCCAGAGAUUAAUUGUAAAAAUUACAUUGUCUCUUUAAAUAUAAAUCAAGGGUUUUUCUUUUAAAUGUAUUACUGCGAUCAUGAAAGGUUUUACUUUUUUCUUGACAGUCUUCAACUUGCAUUGACAAAAUAUUAGUUUUAUUCACCAAAAUUAUGCCUUUAAUCAUGAAGAAAAAUAUUGUUUAUGUGAGAUUUUCCAUGUUUUAUUUUCAUAAAUCAUUAAAAACAUUUUUAUUGUUUUUUUUUUAUUUAAGAAUUUCCAGAUGUUAUCAUAAAUUAUUGUCUUUAUUCGUGGAACAUUUUGACCUCGUUCCUGGCAGAUUAAGGACUUUUCUGCAUCAAAAAAAUAUUUUUUUCAAGAUUGUGGAAUUUUAGGAAUUUUUCUUCAGAGAAUCUGAUCCUCUCUUCAGCUCGGGUUAUUUUUAAAUUUUAUCUACAACCCUACAAUUAAGUAUUUCAUCAUGCAACACUGUGAGCAGCAGGGGUUUUAUUGUGUUUUUGCAACAUCAAAAUUCUAAGUUUUAGGGUCAGCCUUUCAGAUGACAUAAAACUCCCCUGAUUUGAAGACGCAAGCAAAAAGCGCUGUGAGAGUUAGUCAAGGACCAUCUGAAAGUGCCAAAAGUUAAAGACAAAUAGUUUUCUCCUUCAGUGCCUUUUAGCUCUGGCCUUGUAACAAUGUUUGACCCUCUGGAGGCAGGCAUUGCAGAUUUGCAACGUUAAAACCUACCUACCUGGUUACUCCACAUACGUGUAUUCCUUGAGUAUUUUUUAACUCAGAAGUACUCCUGAAGGACUUUGUUGUUUGUCUUUUUAUCAAAACUUAUUUUGAGCCCGAGAGGGUUAAGUCUCACUCAUUUUCCACGUAGUGCUUUCUAAGCUAACAUGUGCCAACCUGAGACUGAGGAUUGUGCAUUCCACACAUGCAUGAUCCCUCCAUGUUGUUUUCAUCCAUCCACAACGACCUCCUGCUCUGGUGUUACCCCCCUUUUUUAACAUGCCUAUCUCUUGCACUGUGAAUGCAUGCCCUCCUUUAUUACUUUGUUCUUGUUUUUUUGUGCGUAAACUCCUUCCUCAUCCCCCACAAAUGCAACUGUGUUAAAUGCUUUGUAAUUUAGGAAAUACUGCAAAAAAAGAUGAAAUCUAUUGAAGUAUUUUAUUUAAAAAAGAAGAAAAAAAAGGUAAAUCUUCAGAUAUUUAUCUGCUGCAGUUGUUGCAGCCAAAUGUUCAAGAGGUUUUAGAAAUUUCCAAAUGAAUUCCAUCUGAAAUGAAAUCUUAUUUUAAAAAUAAAACUAGAAACUGAACCCUU